GGACGACAAAUAGCAAGUUGCGAAGGAAACGAACCGCAAGGGGGAAAUGCUCGGACGCGGUACAAGGAAUUAAUCGAAGCUAAGGAGAGAGAGGAAAGACAAUGGAUACGCUACUACAGUCCGUUUCAGAGUCAAGUGUCAUCACGACUAAUCUCGGUGGCUCUUCUUUCCCCGUGGAGGUGUCUUCUUCUGAUGAGAAGGUCCACGUUACUCCGCCACCUCGCAUAGCGAUUGAUCUGGGUACUUCUUCUUGCCGGGUGGCGGUGUGUCGCGAUGGAAAGGUCCAGGUCAUACCGGACGUGUCCGGUAAACUCUCAACACCGUCCAUUGUCGCAUUCACGGACGAGAAGUGUUUGGUGGGCGAACAAGCGCAGAAACAACUGCUGCUGCGCAAACCGGAAAACUUGCUGUACGAGGCGAGACGCCUCAUCGGACGGGAUUACGAUGCGAUCACAGACGGGGAGAGCAAAUGGUGGCCGUUCAUCGUCGUUAACGGAGACUCCGGCGAGGCGAUGCUGGACGUAAAGAGUGAACUCUUUUCCUCUGUGAUGAGCAAUUCCGGAGAUAAGGUUAAAGAAGUAUCCUCUGUGAUGAGCGGUUCUGGAGAUCAGGGUGAUGGCAUCGUUCUGCCAUCGGAGGGUCAUGGCAAGAGGUACUUGGCGCCUGAGCAGAUAGUAGCGAUGCUUCUAGCGAAGAUGAAGAGUGAUGCGGAGAAUUUUCUCCACCGCGAUGAGCUGCACGCAGCGGUCAUUACCGUCCCCGCGCUGUAUUGCGAUAGGCAGCGAACGGCGACCAAAGUGGCAGCCGAGAUCGCUGGCUUCACGGAUGUGCAGCUCGUCAGCGAAUCAACGGCGGCUGCUUUGAGCUACGCCCAGCACAAGGGACUCAUGACCUUCGACUGCUCUGGUGUUUCUCCUGAAGAACAAACUCAAGGUGGCACGAAGAUGCUUGUAGUUGCUAUGGGAGGAGGAAACUGUGAAGCUGCCAUGGUUACGAUUACCGGUGGAGAGCUCAGAGUUGACUCCUCAGCAGGCAAUCCGAGUCUCGGAGGCAUGGACUUCGACCACAAGAUGAUGGAACUAGUACGUAAUCGCGUGCAGCUGCAGUUUAAUCGGACACUCCCUCUGAACAGGAGCACGUUGCGGGAACUGAAGACAGCGAGCGAAAAGGCGAAGAAAGACCUGACCUUGAUGAGCGACACACAGCUCAGGAUUGACCGAUCCGGGAUACUGGGCCUUGACGAGGGACCGGAUUCAGUACCUGCUUUGUUUCGUAAAUCCGGGCGACGAUCUCCGCAUGACAUCACUCGUUGGAAGCAGCUUGCCGAGGAGCUGCCUGUGCACGAAUGGAGAAUCGAAUGGGAGAAGUACACCAGCCAAGUGAAGAAGAGAGAGUCUUCAUGCCCGGGCUGGCUGUGGAGUAUGAUAUUGGAAUGGAAGCGUGACAUCGACGGCUGGCUUGGCAAGAAGGCGGCAGGUGGGAUGAAGGAAUUUGCCUCCCGGUUUGCCGAAUUCCGAAGGGCGUGCGAAUAUGCAUUUGGAGCGUUGCGGGCAAGACCAAAUUCAGGAAGGAAGUUCUUGGUGGUCGAUUGCUGGAAAUCCAACGAUAUUGAGGACUGCUUGUAUAAUCUUUUCGUGAGCAGGGGCCCAGAGCUCUGCGAGAUGGUCAUCUCCAUGCCGCUUCAGGAGCUCCGCAAGAGAAAGAAGUGUAUCGCAGAAAUGGAGGGAAUCCGAUUAGCGGCACCCGGCCUUUCGCCCAAGGCGACGCCCAACGCCUUGAUGAACGGAGGGAUCCCUUACGUCCUGCUCCAGGCAGGGCCCGCGGUAACGGGCUCAGGUGAUCCAGAGGAUCUCUGCUCUGGGUGGAACAAGCUUGCUGGUGAGCAGGUGUCACUAGCCCUGCAAGCUGGUCUUCAGGUCCUCUUGCGCCUCGGACGAGAUGAUUGUGACGAUGUGCACUUCAGGAAUGAGGCUUUCAAACUGGAGGAGGAGAAGCUCCAUUGCGGAGCACAACUCAGGGACAUUGUCGGUCGCGUUGGCAAGGACUUUCGAAACAUAGCUAUAGCUUAUCUGCCUCCACGGCAUAUGCUGACUUCGGCAACUGAAGCCGCUGCAGCAGAGGCGCAAUGUGAUGUUGUCCAGACGGUUCGGCACAUAAUACUUGUGAUUGGGGACAUGGUGAACGACCAGCCCGCGGAUGCAACGCGCAUCCUUAUCGGCGGAUGCAAGACGGCGGACACGUGGCAUGCCCUGCUAAGUCGGCGGCACGAGAUCGAUGGCUUUCUUCUUGAGGCGGGCCUCCGAGAGCCUCACCUGUUUGACCAACUUCUUCUCCUAGGGGGACCAAGCAGGCGAAUUCGCCAGGAGAGGGGAGGCAAAGUGUUGCUUUGUGGGGGGCAGCAGGAAAAUGUGACCCACAGUGAGUAUGACAUGGUCUGGUUGAGCGCAGUCACAGACGAGCUGAUGGGUACAGAGGAGGUCCUCUGGACUGCGACGAAGUGUGUAUCAACUGUGGGAGUGGGUUCAGAAAUGAACGUGAUCAGGGAAAUCAACGGCUCCAAUGUGUUGCUCUGGAAGGAGGGUCAUAUUAUGACCGACUACCGCGGAGAGGUUGGAGAAGAUCGAAAGGUGACGAUCGUCCCCAUUUUCGAUUGUGACAACAACAGCCAGGGACUCGAGCUAGCAGAUGCGCUAUCGACGCAGAUCUCAGCAUUGAGGGAGAAACUGGCAGGAAAAGGUGACACUGAAUGGUCACAGCUUCUUCUUGAGUAUAGGCCUGCAGACGGUGUGAACGUCUCACGCUCUCUUUUUGAGACUGUGGAGAGAACUCACGUCCUCAUCAGGAGAUGGGUUUUGGCACACUUGGGAGCAGAGGCGGCGCAGGAGGUGCGAAUCGUAUGCUUCCUUGAGGACCAGGUGGAGUCAGAGACACGUCGACAAAUUGCGAAUCUGCCCGAUGUAGAUGGGGUGAGCCUGCGGCUUCCCGAACGGCGGACUAUCAGCCGCCCCGGUCUUCCGGCGUAGACGCAGGUUAGAUUGCAUCCUCUUCUUUUCUUUCUAUCAAAAGGUUUGUAAACCUGGCAGUACUGUAACGAAGAUGGGCCUCGCUGCACUACUGUUGAAUCUUGAGAAAUCAAGAGGUCAUCACGGC